AUGAGCCUUGCACUCCAUGAACUGCUGCUUUGCUGCCGUCAACUUGAAAAUGACAAAGCUACUGAGCGAAAGAAAGAAAUUGAAAAGUUCAAGCACCUCAUCUGUGAUCCUGAAACCAUUCGGCAGCUAGACAGUAAUUCUGAUUCCAGAGAUGCAAAACAGAUGAACUGGGAUGCUACGUUCAGGUUUCUGCAGAAAUAUAUUCAGAAAGAAACAGAGAGCGUCAGAUUAGCGAAGCCCAAUGUCUCUGCCUCCACACAAGCAGCAAGACAGAAAAAGAUGCACGAACUCAGCAGUCUGACCAAAUAUUUCAUCCGAUGUGCCAACAAAAGAGCACCCAGGUUGAAAUGUCAAGAGCUUCUGAGUUAUGUGAUGUGCACAGUGAGCAAUCCAUCAAGUUGUGCUGUUUAUGGAACUGACUGUAGUAGCAUAUUGCUAAAGGAUAUUCUUGCAGUGAGGAAAUACUGGUGUGAGAUAUCUUCACAACAGUGGUCAGAUCUUCAGAACCUGUACUGCAAAUUGUUUCUCAAGUCGUCCAGAGACAUUAACAAAGUUUUGGUGGCUAGAAUAAUUUACACACUGACCAGAGGACUGUGCUUCCAAACUGAUGGGUUAAAUUCUGAUCUUUUUAACUUCUUUUCAAAAGCUAUGCAGUCUGCGAGGCAAGAAAGAAACCCUGCAGGCCUGGAACACAUUAUUGAAGCAAUGAACAUAUUUUUGGGUAUAUGUGCAGUAAACUACCGAAUGCGGGUUUGUAAGCUAGGGGAGGAAAUUCUUCCAACAGUCCUUUAUAUAUGGGCUCAGCAUAAACCAAAUGAUUCCUUGAAAGAGCAAAUCAUACAACUAGUUCAGCUGCAGGUUCGUGUUCACCAUCCAAAUGGAACUAAAACUCAGGAAAAAGGACUUUGUGACUCAGCAAAAUGGCAAAGUAUUUUGUACAACCUGUAUGAUCUGUUAGUUAAUGAGAUAAGUCUCAUAGGCAGCAGAGGAAAGUAUUCUUCAGGCUCUCGCAAUAUUGCUGUGAAGGAAAACCUGGUUGACUUAAUGGCUGAUAUUUGUCAUCAGGUCUUUACUGAAGAUACCAAAGUCCUGGAGAUAACUCAGUCAUAUGCCAUUACCCAGAGAGAGUGUGGCGAUGGAGAAGGACCUUCCAAACGCAGGAGAAUUGAAUUGGGUUGGGAAGUGAUUCGGGACAAUCUGCAAAAAUCACAGAAUGAUUUUGAUGUCAUACCUUGGUUGCAGAUCACCAUCCGAUUAGUAUCAAAGUGUCCUAUGAGUCUUUCUCUUCAUGAGCUGCCUCACUUACUCAACAUACUGUAUCAAUUACUACCUCAGCAGCGUCGGGGGAAACGCUCACCUUACGUGUUAAAGUGCCUUAAAGAAGUUGCUUUGUGUCAGAGCCAAAAAUUAGAUCUGAAAACCACACAGAAGAUAGAGCUGCAGCGAAUGUGGUCAAAAAUUUGGUCUCUUGUUGUUCGUAGUCUAAAUUUUCAGCAAACAGAAAUGGAAAGUUUUGGGUUACUUGGAGUCAUAAUUCAAGAACGCUUAGUAACAAUGGACAGAGAAAUUUGGAAGAUAUUUUCUGGAGCUGCAUGUAAGCCCUCAAGUUCUGCUGCUCAUUGCUUGGUGUUAGCAAUGACAACUUUGGGAGUGCCAGAAACUUUGAACAUGGGGAUGGCACAGAAUUAUUGGGAAGGAAAUGCCGGCUAUACAUUGAAAGAAACAAUAAUGAAAUGGCUUCUGUUCUGCCAUCUGGAAGAAGACAUGGAAGAUAGUAUGAAGCUGCCUCCUAUUUUCGGCAGUGACUUUCCUAAUCUGGUGUUGCAGAAAAUCCUUGUAAGCCUGACAAUGAAGAAUUGUAGAGCUGCACUAGAAUUUUUCCACAAAGCUUCAGAAUGUGUGCAACAUUCACAAAAGAAAGAAGAAGCCAGCCUCUCAGAAACAGAACCACAUUUCAUGCAAACAACUUUUGAUGAAAUUGUUUUCUUCACAAAUACAACUGAUAGGACAUCCGCAAACAAAGUGCCUGGUUCCAGACUGAUUGCCAGUCAGAAACUGAGAGAUGCCCUGGAGCACGAUCUUUUACUGAUGUCAGAACAGCUUCUUAAUAACAUCUCCCUUGAUGCUAUACUUGCAGAAAUCCUAGUGCAUUGUGUUGGUCUCUUGACUGGUGUUCUUGGUUGCUAUUGCUAUGCUGGCAUACAGACAGAAGAGGAAGCAUACAGAUCAGAGCUUUUUCAUAAAGCCAAGUCUAUUAUGCAUUAUGUUGGAGAGAGCAUUUCUCAGUCCAAAAGCAAGCUAAAUGAAGAUGCUAGGAUAAUCUCUCUGAAGGCUUUAAUCAUACAAUGUACUAGUUGCUUAUGUAACUGUACCCAGAGCAGCCCAAGAAAGAGCCUGUCUACUUUUUUCUUGCAUUUGUUAACGUCAAAGAUGAUGAAUGAUCUUGCAGAUAUUUGCAAACAUCUGAUGGCUUUUACUGGAAAGCCAGGUGAAGCUGGAGACAUGGAUUUAAUGGAAGAUGAUGGUGAAGGGAGUAGAAUGGAUGGAGAAAAGUCAGUAUUGGAUUUAUUUGAUGACCAUUCUGCUGAUGCUGGUGAUGUAAAUGAGGCUGGGGAGUUACAGAUUUUGACAGGUGCUGUAAGCCCCUUAUCAGAAGAACAUCUCACUAAGCAAGAUUUACUGCUCCUUGAUAUUGUCAAGUUCUUGUGUAUAGCUGUAACAGCAGUCCCAGUACAAACUGUUUGCUUUAGAUCUUCUGAAAUUCGGAGGAAACUCAUAAUGUUAAUUGAUGGAAAUGCAUUUGAUCUUGUUAAACCACUGCAUCUGCAAAUGUACUUACUCAUGUUGAAGGAGCUCCCUAAUGAAGAAAAUCCUUUGCCAGAAGAUCAUGUUACCUUACUUCUCAAGCCUCUUUCGGAUGUGUGUUCCUUUUACCGGCGAGAUCAAGAAGUUUGCUCAGCAAUUCUUAGUCAUCUGAUUCCAGUGGUGACUGCUUUGGAUACUGCCAGAGUAAAUACUGAAGAUUUAAGUGAAGCUCAAGGGCAGUUUUUAACUGUUAUUGGAGCGUUUUGGCAAUUGGCAAAUAAAGGGAAAUGCACAACUCCAUUGAGAAUAGCAUUAGUGCAAUGCAUGAAGGCCAUAAUUCAGGCUGAUCCUCACUCAAAGUGGGCCUUGCUUAAUGUUCAAGGUGAAGAAGGUCUUCCUGUGCGCGACGCUUUCCCCCACUUCCUUGCUGAUAGCAACUUCCAAGUUUGUAUGGUUGCAGCUAAGUCAGUAACCAGUUUGUUUCAAGAUGUGAAGCUGAGAGACUCAACUGGCUUACUGAAAGCGCUCCCUUUGAAGCUCCAGGAAAGGGCUUUUGAGCUGUUAUACAUGAAUGUUCAAGAAGGCACAAAGAAACUGGAACAUAACAACGGGAGCCAAGAGAACCUUCCUGACGAAGAGUAUAAUAGAAAAUCAGUUCUCCUCAUGUUAAUAUCUAUGAUUUUAUGCUGCAGUCCUGUGUGUGAAAAGCAGGCAUUGUUUGCAAUGUUCCAGUGUGUGAAAGAGAAUGGAUUAGAACCUCUGCUUGUAAGAAAGGUAUUAGAAAGGAUUUCUGGCACUUUUGGCUAUAAAAGUGUAGAAGACUUCAUGAAUGCCCACUUAGAUUAUCUUGUUCUGGAGUGGCUGAACUGUGGAUAUAGUCUUUCUGUUUUUCCAUAUGUUCUGUUGAAUUACUCUAGUUUGGAAGAGUUUUACAGGUCAAGUUACAAAGUUUUGAUUCCACAAUUGGUGAUCAGAGAUCAGUUUGAAGAAAUGAAAUCCAUUGCUAACAAGAUUGAGAGAGACUGGCGUCAGCUUCUGGCUCAUUGCUUUCCAAAAAUCCUUCUCAAUAUUCUUCCUUAUUUUGCCUGUCAAAACCAAGAAGAUGGCGAAAUUGCACACAAAAGAGAGAGAGCUCACAAAGUGUACGACAUGCUGAACGAUGAAAAUUGCUUAGGAAAACAGCUGAUGGACAAUUUAAUUCACAGUAAUUUACCAGAGAUUGUGGUUGAGGUGUUGAUGACCUUACAUGAGCCAGUCAGUAUCAGAGCAGGAGAAGAUUCUGCCUUAACAAGAUUUACAGGAGAUCUAGAUCCCAUUCCAAAUCCCCCUCAUUUCCCAUCAUAUGUCAUCAAAGCAACAUUGGAUUACAUUAGUGGUUGCCAUAAAACAAAGUCAAAAAGUCUUGUUGCAGUUCUUUCCAAAAACCCUGAGUCAUUCCAGAGAAUCUUACUUGCCAUAUGUAAGCAGUCAUCUGGAACAAGUAAUGUUUACCAGAAACAUCGGAAUCUCAUGAUAUAUCAUUUUUUCGUGAAUUUAUUACUAAAAGAAAUAAAAGAUGGUUUAGGAGGCGCAUGGGCUUUUGUUCUUCGGGAUGUGAUUUACACAAUAAUUCACCACAUCAGCAACAGGCCUUUGCUUCUGAAAGGGGUGUCCCUCCGGAGCUUCUUACUAUGUUGUGACCUUCUCAGUCGCGUUUGCCACGCAGCGGUCACCUAUUGUGAGGAUGCCCUGGGGAGUCACCUGCAUGUUAUUGUGGGCACGCUAAUACCUAUAGUUGGAGAACAACCUGAAGCCCAAGAAGAGGUUUUGGGUUUGCUGAAGUAUCUCGUGGUAGAUAAUAAGGAGAACGAAAAUCUAUACCAGGCAAUCAAACAUCUAGAUCCUUUUCCAGAUCAUCCCAUGUUUAUGGAAUUACGUUCCACUCAGCAAAAAAUAAAAUACAGCGGAGGGAAGUUUUCACUUUUGGAGGAAAUUACUCAUUUCCUAUCCUUCAAUAUCUCUGAUGCCUUACCAAUAACGAGACUUGAAGGCUUAAAUGAUUUACGCAAACAACUUGAAAACUAUAAAGAUCAGAUGAAGGACCUCAUGAAAGCAUCUCAGGAAAAUCCGAAGGACUGCAUAAUAGUAAAGCUGAUGGCAUGCUUGUUACAGCUCUCAAAAACUGCUGUAAACUCAACUGAUACUGUUUUGGAAGCCGUUGGAAGUUGUUUGGGAGAAAUUGGUCCAAUAAAUUUUUCUACCACAGCUUUGCAACACAGUAAAAGCGCAUACAGUGCAGUUAAUCUUUUCGAUGACAGAGAACUUCAGUGUACCUUCAUAAUGUUAUGUCUAAUAAAUAAUGCUUUAAUAGAUCAUUGCAUUGAAGUCCGUUCAGCCGCUGCAGCUUGUUUGAAAAACAUUUUAGCCACCAAAACUGGUCAAAAAUUUUGGGAGACGUAUAAAAGCAAAGCGGAUACCAUGCUUAUCUACCUACAUCCUUUCAGAGUAUCUAAGAAAAAGUUAUUGGAAGUUUCUGUAAAUGCAAGAGAAAAUCCUUUAGAAGAUUUGGAUAAUAAAAACAUUUGGAUUCCUCAGAGUAGAAGCCAUGAUGUUUGGAUUAAGACUUUGACUUGUGCAUUAUUGGAUAGUGGAGGGGUAAAAAGUGAAGUCCUUCAGUUCCUGAAGCCCUUGUGUGAGGUUCAAACAGAUUUUUGUCAAACUGUCCUUCCUUACUUGAUUCAUGAUAUCCUACUUCAUGAUUCCAAUGAAUUGGGACAAACUCUACUGUCCACACAUAUCCAGAUGUUUUUCGCAGCCUGCUUCAAAUAUGCUAUGACUUCCAGCCAUUCGUCAACACCUGCAAAUUCAGAUCCAGACUCAGAAACUCUUGUUUGUGGAAGUGUGGAUAAAAUAUCUCGACGGGCAAUGCUUGCUGUGGUUGAUUACUUAAGGCGGCAAAAGAGGAGUCCUUCCAGCACAGUCUUUGAAGACAGCUUCUGGCUAGAGUUAAACUACCUCCAGGUUGCCCUGACAGCCCAGUCUUGUGCGGCUCACUUCACUGCUUUGCUGUAUGUAGAAAUCUAUGCUGACAAGAUAAACUUAGACAAACAACAGAAAAGGUCUUCUUCAAAAGCAGCUAAACAACUAACAUUUGAAGAAGGAAGUCAGAAUGUAACAAUUACAGGUUUGAGUGAGAAGAGUAAAGAAGAGACUGGAAUAAGCUUGCAGGACCUUCUCAUGGAUAUCUACAGAAGCAUAGGAGAGCCAGAUAGUCUCUAUGGCUGUGGUGGAGGAAGAAUGUUGCAGCCUUUAGCUAGGAUAAGAACUUACGAGCAUGAAGCUGUAUGGGAGAAAGCCCUAGUCACUUAUGACAUUGAAACAGACCUUCCACCCUCAACUCGGCAAGCAGGAAUAAUAGAGGCCUUGCAGAAUUUUGGGCUGUGUGACACCCUUUCCGUCUACUUAAAAGGACUAGAGCAGGAGAAUCCUGAAUGCUCACUGGAAUUACAAGAGCUUCGUUAUCAGGCAGCUUGGAGGAAUAUGCAGUGGGACCAGAUCUCUUCUGUCAAAGAUGAGAUGGGAGAAAGAGGCUACCAUGAAUCUCUGUAUGAUGCUCUGCAGUGUUUGAGGGACAAGGAAUUCCCUACUUUUUACGAAAGACUAAAGUGUGCCAGAGUCAAGGAAGUCGAAGAACUGUCUAAAGGCAGUCUGGAGUCUGUGUAUUCUUUGCUGCCAACACUUUGCAGACUGCAGACCAUAGGAGAGCUGGGACACAUAGGACAACUUUUUUCUGGAUCUCUUACUAACAAGCAACUGAAUUAUAUGUAUACAAAGUGGCAGAGUCAGUCCCAGCUUCUCCAGGACAGCGAUUUCGGUUUCCAGGAGCCGAUCAUGGCUCUGCGCACCGUGAUUCUGAAGGUCCUGCUGGAGAAAGAGAACGCCAAAGUGGAAUGCAUUAAAGACACCCUCACCAAACAUCUUGUGGAACUGUCAAGAUUGUCUCGAGUGGCCAAAAACACACAGCUUCCAGAAAGAUCGAUGUUUCAAAUUAAACAGUACUGCCCAACGAGACAUGGGGUGUCUGAGUGGCAGCUGGAGGAAGCCCAGGUGUUCUGGGCUAAAAAGGAAGAGAGCUUAGCAUUGAGUAUUCUAAAGAAGAUGAUCAAGAAAUUGGAUGAAGAUUGGUUCACGGUUGAAAAAGACCCAAACCUGAAAUUAAUUUACGCAGAAUGUUUGAGAUUAUGUGGAAGCUGGUUAGCAGAGACUUGUUUGGAAAAUCCUACAGUCAUUAUGCAGAAUUACUUGGAAAAGGCAGUAGAAGUGGCAGGAAGCCAAAAUGGUGACCACAGUGAUGAGUUAAAGAGUGGGAAAAUGAAGGCGUUUCUGUCUCUAGCUCGUUUUUCAGAUUCUCAGUAUCAAAGAAUUGAGAACUAUAUGAAAUCCUCAGAGUUCGAAAACAAGCAAGCCUUGUUAAUGGCAGCCAAGGAGGAAGUUGGCCUACUAAGAGAGCAUAAGAUUCAGAUGAAUAGAUAUACUGUCAAAGUUCAGCGGGAGCUGGAACUUGAUGAACGCGCGAUUCAUGCACUGAGAGAAGAUCGCAGACGUUUCCUGUGCAAAGCGAUUGAGAACUACAUCAGCUGUUUACUGAGUGGAGAAGAGUAUGACGUGUGGAUCUUCCGGCUUUGUUCCCUCUGGCUUGAGAAUUCUGGAGUUUCCGAUGUCAAUGCUAUGAUUAAGAGAGAGGCAGAGAAAAUACCGUCCUACAAGUUUUUGCCUCUGAUGUAUCAAUUGGCUGCUAGAAUGGGAACCAAGAUGAUGGGUGGACUAGGAUUUCAUCACAUUUUGAAUAAUCUUCUAGCAAGGAUUUCACUAGAUCAUCCACAUCACACUCUAUUUAUAAUCCUGGCUUUAGCAAAUGCCAACAAGGACGAACUUCUGACAAAACCAGAAGCGGCAAGACAAAGCAGACUGCCUAAAAAUGCACCAAAAGAAAUUUCCCCGUUGGACAUGGACCGAAUGGAGGCUGCUAGCAAUAUCAUUAACAUGAUAAAACGCCAAAGAGCUGAUAUGGUGAGAAGCGUUGAAGCGCUUUGCGAUGCUUAUAUAAUUUUAGCAAACAUGGAUGCAAGUCCUUGGAAAUCUCAGAGAAGAGGUAUAAGUAUCCCAUCUGAUCAACCUAUUACAAAACUAAAGAAUCUAGAAGAUGUUGUGGUACCUACCUUGGAAAUUAAGGUGGAUCCAAGUGGAAAGUAUGAAAAUUUGGUUACAGUAAGAUCAUUCAAGCCUGAGUUUCGCUUAGCAGGAGGCGUCAAUCUACCAAAAAUAAUAGACUGUGUUGGAUCAGACGGGAGAGAGAGGAGGCAACUUGUCAAGGGCCGUGAUGACCUGAGGCAGGAUGCCGUCAUGCAGCAGGUUUUCCAGAUGUGCAACACUCUGCUGCAGCAAAAUACCGAGACCCGAAAGAGAAAGUUGACGAUCCGCAGAUAUAAGGUGGUUCCCCUCUCUCAGAGAAGUGGCGUCCUAGAGUGGUGCACAGGAACAAUUCCUCUGGGCGAAUUCCUUAUCAAUACUGACAACAGUGCUCACAAAAGAUACAGGCCACAGGAUUACAGUAUCAGCGUUUGUCAAAAGAAAAUGAUGGAUGCACAGAAGAAAGAUUCUGAGGAGAAAUAUGCUACCUUCAUGGACAUUUGCCAGAAUUUUCAACCUGUAUUUCGCUACUUCUGCAUGGAAAAAUUUCUAGAUCCAGCGGUGUGGUUCGAGAAACGUUUGGCAUACACAUGCAGCGUGGCUACAUCAUCAAUAGUUGGCUACAUCCUUGGCCUUGGAGACAGACAUGUACAGAAUAUUCUGCUAGAUGAGCAAACUGCAGAACUAGUACACAUAGAUCUAGGUGUUGCUUUUGAGCAAGGCAAAAUCCUUCCUACCCCAGAAACUGUACCUUUUAGGUUAACUAGAGAUGUAGUGGAUGGAAUGGGUAUCACUGGAGUUGAGGGAGUCUUCAGGAGGUGCUGUGAAAAAACUAUGGCUGUUAUGAGAAAUUCCCAAGAAGCUCUGCUAACAAUUGUAGAGGUGCUUCUGUAUGACCCUCUUUUUGACUGGACCAUGAACCCUUUAAAAGCUUUGUAUCUGCAGCAAAGGCCAGAGGAUGAGGUUGAUGCCAGUGGAAGCUUCAACCCUUCCAACCAAGAAUGCAACACUAAAGCAAGUAGCGAUACCCAGACCUUUAAUAAAGUGGCUGAGCGUGUCCUGAUGCGACUGCAGGAGAAACUGAAAGGAGUAGAGGAGGGAACAGUGCUCAGCGUGGGAGGUCAGGUGAACCUUCUCAUACAGCAAGCAAUGGAUCCCAAAAAUCUCAGCCGCCUCUAUCCGGGGUGGAAAGCCUGGGUGUGAGCAUGUAUGGUAGGUUUAAAUGAGCAAAUGGGUUCAUUUGA